AUGCCCGUUUACAGCCCAAGAUCACCGCCCCAAACCUUUCCAGAGGGUGGCCUUGGACUUCGCUGGACUCCCACCCCUGAGAUGACGUGGGAGGAUGCUUCCCUGGUCACCUGGGCACUACGGGCCUAUGUGCCAGCUCUUCCGCCUGUGUCCUCAAGAGGGAGCCAGAGAGCACACGGCCGGCCUCGGCUGGGAGGGGCCCCAGGCUGGAAUGGGCUGUUGCGCCCUGCCUGCCCAGGGCGGAGCAUCCCCCAGACGCGCCGUGAACUGCCACAGCGGAGGCGGCAAACAGCCUCCACCUGGGGCUUAAAGACUGCCAUCGGCACGGCCCAGGGGGCCAGGGCCCUGGAGGGUGCUCAUCUCGUGUCUCCCCGCACUCUGCUGGCUGACGGGAGAAGGCAGCUGAGUCCUCUCGGAAGAGUAAUAAUAUUUUUCCGAUUGCCCUCUGGUUAG